CAACAUAAUUCCAAGGGGAAAAAGAUAGUCUCUUGGAAAUGGCGGCUUCAGGGGAGAGCGGGGCUUCGGGAGGUGGAGGCGGCACAGAAGAAGCGUUUAUGACCUUUUACAGUGAGGUGAAACAAAUAGAGAAGAGGGAUUCGGUUCUAACAUCCAAAAAUCAGAUUGAAAGAUUGACCCGUCCUGGUUCCUCCUACUUCAAUUUGAAUCCAUUUGAGGUUCUUCAAAUAGAUCCUGAAGUGACAGACGAGGAAAUAAAAAAGAGGUUUCGGCAGUUAUCCAUAUUGGUGCAUCCUGACAAAAAUCAAGAUGAUGCUGACAGAGCACAAAAGGCUUUUGAAGCUGUGGACAAAGCUUACAAGUUGCUACUGGAUCAGGAACAAAAGAAGAGGGCCCUGGAUGUAAUUCAGGCAGGAAAAGAAUACGUGGAGCACACUGUGAAACAGCGGAAAAAGCAAUUAAAGAAGGAAGGAAAACCUACAAAUGUGGAGGAGGAUGAUCCUGAGCUGUUCAAACAGGCAGUAUACAAACAGACCAUGAAACUUUUUGCUGAACUGGAAAUUAAAAGGAAAGAGAGAGAAGCCAAAGAGAUGCAUGAAAGGAAGCGACAAAGAGAAGAAGAGAUUGAAGCUCAAGAAAAAGCCAAACGAGAAAGGGAGUGGCAGAAAAACUUCGAGGAAAGUCGAGAUGGUCGUGUGGACAGCUGGCGAAACUUCCAAGCAAACACAAAGGGGAAGAAAGAGAAGAAAAAUCGGACCUUCCUGAGACCACCAAAAGUAAAAAUGGAGCAGCGUGAGUGACCACCUAGGGUCACAAGCACAGACCCUUCCCCCAACUGCCUCCUCUCCUGCUUUGAAGGACUCAUUCUUUCCUCCCACCUCUACCCCAACAUAGAGUAGUAUUUGCUUUUUAGUCCAUUUUGUUUUCAAUACAAUUUAAUAUCGAUCAGAGUAAUUCUUUUGUACAUUGAAUGAGGGGCUCAGUUUAAAAAAAGACCUUUCCCCACUCCCUACCCUCAUAGCAACCAGGACUGGAAGGUGCCACUGUUGGUGCUGCCUUCUCUUCCCACAGCCAAUAACUUAAUGUUUUGUACUUCACUGAAUUGUGAUGGUUAGAAACUUCGUGUAUACUUUGUGGAAAUCAUCUAAUUAAAUAUGUUGCUUAAAAA